CCGUCAGCAUCAGCGGGAGGACGAGUUACACCGGCACCUCACAUCCCACACUGGAUUUACUGGACUCCACCUGUCGCGAGCGCUCUGUUGUUUUUCCUGUCCGUGUCGUAAACGCACAGCACGGCACGGCACGGCCGGUACAGCACGAGACACUAAACACAGGAACGAGAGCUGGGAAAAGCGGAAAGAACAUUAACAGGUGAAAUAAUGAGGGCAGCGCUUCUCUGAAGGAUUGUUCCGUUUACCCGAGGACCGAAGAGGAAACAGAAGCCCCGGUGGAUGGUUUUAUCCGCAGUGCCUGAGCCGAGCAGCAGAGCGGCCGAGCGGGGAGCACCAUGUCCAGACCGCCGCAGCCGCCGCAGCAGCAGCAGCAGCAACAACGGACGUCGUUCAAGCUCACCGACAGUGUGGUGGAGGUCAAGAGCAAAUUCGAGGCAGAAUACCGCCGCUUUGCCCUGAAGAGGAACGGCCCGGCCGGCUUCCAGGAGUUCUACCGCCUCCUCCAAACCAUCCAUCGCAUCCCCGGUGUGGACGUGCUGCUGGGAUACGCCGACGUCCACGGAGACCUCCUUCCCAUCAACAAUGACGACAACUUCCACAAAGCUGUCUCGUCAGCCAAUCCGCUGCUGCGCAUUAUCAUAACCAAGAGAGAAGAUGAACCGGUGGUUUUUGCCACCAACUCCCUGCAGAGGCGUAAGAAGGGGCUGGGCUUGACUGGCCUGCGCACCCCCGGCUCAGGCUCCACCCACUCCAAGAACAGACCGGGCCUUAUGAUAGGCCUGCCGCAGAACUUCCGACAGAUCUCCUCCAUCAUCGACGUGGACAUCUUACCUGAGACACAUCGGCGGGUACGACUGCACAAGCACGGUACCCACAAACCCCUGGGCUUCUACAUCCGGGACGGCGUGAGCAUGCGGGUCACACAGCAGGGCGUCGAGAAGGUCCCGGGGGUGUUCAUAUCCCGUCUGGUGCGGGGGGGUCUGGCAGAGAGCACGGGGCUGCUGGGAGUUAAUGACGAGAUCCUGGAGGUCAACGGCAUCGAUGUGGCAGGGAAGUCUCUGGAUCAGGUUACAGACAUGAUGGUGGCCAACAGCCACAACCUCAUCGUGACGGUCAAACCGGCCAACCAGAGGAACAACGUGGUGCAUCGUGGGAGCAAAGCCUCACUGGGCAACUCGGGUUCUGUGGGCUCAGCCGGGUCGACCGGCUCGGCUCUGUCACAUGACUCGCCAAGCCCCGCCUCUCAGAGCAACCCCAUCACUGCGAGCAACAGCAUUGUCGAGGGCGACAGUGACGACGACGACGACGACGGCGACCUGAUUCUGGAGAGUGACUGCCUGACGCCCUACGACUCCCUGCGGGUCGCCAACGGCAACAACACCAACCUUAACAGGGACUCCCCGGGGGUCAGGCCCCUCCCACAGAGCGUCUCCUUGCCCAAUAGCGUCGGAGCGUCCCUGAGCGACAGCUCGCUGGUGACGUCCACUCACAACGGAAACCCCGCCCGCACGCCCGGCGGCACUCAGGAGAACAUGAGAGAGGACGGCACCUUCAUCACUCUGUGACAUGGCUGGGACUAUGGGAUGUCACCAUGACAACCGCGGAUGGCCGCGCUCCCGUCAGCGCGUUUCCUUUUAAAGACAGGUGAGGCUCUGUCAGCCCUGGUGCAUCAUGGGGGUUUCAACAACACUGACUCUAUUUGUGGCUGAGGUCCGCUGACAGGCUCCAGACGAGGAUUUAUAUUCGCCAGAGGGAAAUUAUUCAAAUGCCAUAAUGUUUGAACUAGUCCAGACCCAAAACCCAGUCUCUUCAGCUGUGACUCCGAGGAUGUAGCGGUCUGCUUUUCUGCUUGGGUUGGAGAUGUGUUUUUGUUUUUUAAAGUUCCUGCGUCUGCCGAUGCCGUGUGGUCCCGCUGAUGUGGAAGUGAAGCUUCAUGAACCAUCAGUUUCAUGAAGUAUCUUCUGAGCCCACUAGGGGGCGCGCGUGGUUAAAAGCAAUAAGGUCACUCCAUGUGCUUUAACCCUUUGUUGAACAGAGAGCGCUAACUAGUGGGCUCAGGAAGUAAAGGGAUGAUUCAUGGAGCUUCACGUAGAUCAGAAUCAGAUCAACAAGACAGAGAAAUCCAGCCCGAAGUCCAGUUGGAUGUCAGAGUGUAAAAGAGAUGAUCUUUAUCCCAGGGUCAGUCUCAACCAUCCCGUUAACCGCGGGAUGGUUGACUCGUAGACUACAACAACACGAUGAAAGAACAAUAUCCAGUGAAAUAGUAAUGGCUCUAUUUUCUUGGCAGCCCAACAGCCAGUGGCAGCUUGUGUUUCUAGAGCUGCUGAUCUGGGGAUUUCAUCAACAGGAGCAAAGUCAAUACUUAACAGUAAUAACGGAGUCGUCUUUAAGAAUCAAGCUUACUACUACCUGCUUUUUAACAGUUUAGUUUUAAAAUGAAAGCCUAAAUCCCUGCAGACGUGUGAAGGCAGCGGGAGACAUGUUGACACAUCUGCAGCCUCUGAUUGGAGGACGUGUCGCUCAGCUGUUUCACAGCUAUGAGAGCAGCGAUGGGAUUGGCUGAGAGUGUAUUACUAUAGACCUGCAGCGCUGCACUGGUUGUUGCAACAGCAGAAUAGAGCCCUAAUUGUAUUAUAAAUCACAUAAUAUAUUGAAGAAAGGGGAUUUAAUAAAGGGAUUACAUAAUAUUUGCAAUACUUUUUUCUUCACUAACUCGGAUAUCAAACAAUAAUCAUGAUUCAUCUCACAGGCUUCAAGGCUUAUAUUUGACAUAGGGUUUUCUUUCUUUUUUUUAAAUGUGUAUAAAUAAAAGAAAUAACACACUGAAAAGUGUCAGAUCUUCGGUGUUGUUAGGCUAAGAUAUAGCUUUUACAUUCUGGCAUUUCAAAAUAUGGAAACGCAAUGACACAUUUAUUAUUAUUAUUGUGAAUUUUAAAUUUAAAUGUCAUCAACAGUUGUUGAGUGACUGGGACCAGGAGGAGGUGGCUGGUAGAGAUACACAGCGUUGUUGCACAGUGGGCCAACAGUUCCGGUUCGGUAUUGAAACCAAAACCAGUUCCUUCACGAGGCUUUUAUGCAGCGGCACCGUGGCGCCGUCCGGGGCGAGACUAGUGAUGGCAACGAUGACAUGCAGAGUUUGACUGGAUGUACGCUAACAGACAGACAGACAGGCAGACAGAAAGAAUACCUCCACACCCCGUUGGAAGAACCAAGCCUGGGGCCCAAAAACAGUGUGGUGGGUCCUCGGGACCCUCUGACACCAAGCAUCUGUAUCCGGAGUGUCAGCAGCACUCCCCCAACUUAAAUCUAACUAAAACAAACAUUUUAGUCGCUGGAGUAAUGUUUCAGUGGAUGUGGCCUGUUAUAGAAAGAAGUAUUGAUAGAAUAAUACAUGGGCGGCUCUAUAAUACAUGAUAUAAUAUUCAGAUCUGUGUCCAGUAUCAGGAUACUAAACUUGGUAUUGGUAGCAAAGUUAAAUUGUUGAAAUCACAUUGCAUAAGGACUAUUUUUAUGGAAUAGAAUCUGCUCAAAUAUUUCUGCUCUGACUGUCAAGCUGAAUCAAAGUCACAGAAUAUUAUCAGCUGACAGCAACAGGAGAGCUCCCUAGUCUGCCUGUGUUAGGGUCCUCUUCCAGAGCCACGUUGGGCCGGUCCAGCUCACGACAGUCCUCAGUCCCAAACCCCUGGCGGCCGACCUUAUUUAAUGCACUGAACUAAAGAACUGAGAGCUUUGACUGGUUAGAAGCAACUAUAAUCAUCACUAGUUGUCAUUUUUUAAGCUGCAUUUUCACCUUUACUGUGAGUUGUUCAAACAGUUCUGAUGCUCAGACGAUGGCUCCCAUCCACGGACAACUGACCAAUCAGAGCUGUGUGGGAGGGACUACAACUGUGUACGAGACGCACUGACAGGGAAACGUAGACAAGCAUCAGAGUGAUGACGAUCAACAUAUUUCCUUUAGUCGCCUCAGCGUGAAGCAGCUCAUUCUGGAUAGUCUCCCCCCCACACAACAACUCUGACAGGGGAAAAAGACUUGAGAUCCAUCAGAGACCACGGUGCUCGAGCCGGGCCCUGAAAGAUCCAGCAUCUGUCGGAGAGCGACGUGUGGAUGAGCCGCUCAUAUGAGACAGCUGUCCAUGUUAGCGUAGCCGAACCAUAAAACAACACCGAAUUACACUGAUUACCGAAAUAAAGUUUUAGCCGGCCUGUUUCCCUGUAGCCGACGGUCCUGGUCCCCCAGCUGGAUGGAACCAGAACCAGAACGCUGGCAACAAAUGUUAUUUAAUCAUUAGAUGAAGUUCCGCUGGUGGCAGAAGAUGUAGCAUCUCCAACCAAACCCCUCAACAUCUACUUAAAUCAACUGUGGUCAUUAGGUAUAAUAAUAAUAACAACAAUAAUAAUAAUAAUAAUAAUAACAACAACAAGACAGUGUCUUGCUGAACAUGUUGCGAUCCAGACGCAAACAGCUGGAGGAAAGCAUGACGAGUGCUUUAAUUCAUGGUCCAAGUCCACUGAUGCUGACUCAGAUAUAUUCUAUCAAAGUUUGAUGUCAACAACUCUGCGCGCACACACACACACACACACACACAGAGCCACUUGUUCCCUUUUAAUGUAUAUUACUGUAAAAUAGAAAUGUAAAUGUUAGAUCAUAAAACAGGAGCUUUUUAUUGCUUGGGAAACGUUUUUAUGUCAGAAUAUUUUAUAUUAGGUGUAAAAUAUGGAGAGUAUUUUUCUUAUUCUUGUACUUUGAAAUAGUUUCUGAGUGGAGACGGGCGGAGCUGUCUGUUGUCGCUGUUUGUCUGUUUGUGUUUAGCUGAUGUGCUUCUACGAACUUAUUCAAGAUGAAGGAUGUCUUUUCAGAGCCUUGAAACUUGUUCCCAAGUCUCUAACUUGAUUUGUAACGAUGCAUGCCUGUCCCAUGUUAAUUGUGGAAAUUCUUGAAGUACCAUCGGCCAUUCCAUGGUUCAUACGUUCAUUGCUCAUCCUGGCUUAUCACUUCAUCAUAACUGUAUGGAUCAUUUCUCCUUGCUGUUGUAUGAUUAACAUCGGGUGUCCCUGCCGCGAGUUUACAACUCCUACUGUGGCCACGCCGAGACCCCCCCUUCAAUAGCAGCUCGAUUGGUUUAGGCAUUGACCUCGAGUGGUUAUGAUUGGACAGGGGAUAGGACCUGUACAUGUGAACAUGGACGCCUGGCCAAUAGGAGUGUGUGAGGGCUGGUCUUGGCGUGGACAUAGUAGGAUUCGUCAAUACACGUCCCUGCCAACAUGCACAGGGUUUGAAAUAACGGAGUCAUGUACGAGCUGAUUGGACCGGACCAAUGUGCUCCACUAAUGCACAAUGUGAAGUGAAGUGGCCCGGUCCAUCUGUCCCGGCACUAUUUCACUUGAUAUUGUUACAUGGAGUUUAUUCUUUAUUAAUCUGUGUGUAGUGAAAUGAUUACGAGCUAACGGGGGGGGGGUGGUGGUGCCCACAGCUGUUUUUCUGCACCGAGCAGGCUAAUUCAGCCGGGAGCAUGUGCCAGCAUUAAAGAUGCAUUCCAAUAUUCUUACCCAGAGUUCAAUGUCUCUUAUCCUAGCUUAGCACAAAGAACAGAAGCAGGGGGAAACUGUUAGCGUAGCUCAAACUCCGUCUCACUCCAGAACUCAUAUCUCACGGUCUCAUUUUUAGAUAUUGCAGUUUGCUGUAAAAAAAAAGAAAGAAAUGAGCCAAUAGUUCAGAGCGAUUUCUUAACCAACCGCACGUGAUGCCAUGCGCAAUAAUUAUGGCUUUUAAACUAUCAAACCCUGAAUGCAUGAUCAUUAAAGGAGCCACCCGUAUUUCAUGACUCUGUAACUUGGUUACUUAGGUCACCUUGUUGCCACUCUAGCGUGGUAUAGAAAGCCUGCAGGAAGACUCUAUUUGUGCCAGUUCUCAUUGAUAUUCAAUGGACUAAGCUGCUUGACUCUGAUUGGCUAACAGCUAGCCUAUGAGAGCCUGACUAUCAGAAUCCUUUACCCAGCUCAUGAAUAGUAAUGAGCUCAGGCAACAUGACAUCAGACUGACCGGCUGUUGUGAUUGGUUCCCCUUGCUUCCGGUCUUUGUGCUCAGCUAUGCUAAACCCUCUCUGACCUGGAGGAGCCGGACCGGUCUGAGUCUGGAACGCUGCCACGCCGCGGGCGAGCCACCUGAGUUGUUGCGGCAUGUUGUUAGAUUUUUUUCGAGAGGUGCACGUCCGGCUACGCCGUGAAGUCGGUAUGUCCAAAUACCUGCGGAGGUAGCCACGGCGUAGAUUUAACGCAGAAGCAUAAAUCACACUUAAAGGUCAUAAAGCACCCUCACCUGUUACCGUGACGAUCACAGUGGUACGAGUUAACGUGAUGAAGCAUGUGUGACACGGGCGUCUUUCCUGGGAUGCAAAAUGGUUCUUUGUGGAAGAAUGAUCAAGCCAAAGGGACAUCUCCAUCUGUGUUCAUGAUGCCAAACCCUCCAUGUCAUUUUACUGUUUCACUCUGUGUGUCGCUGCUGACAUCAUCAUCAUGAUGAUGAUGAUGAUGAUGAUGAUGAUGAUGAUGGACACUUGUGUGGCUAAGCAAAAGUCCUCCCCUGACUGUAGAAAACAAAGGAAGUGCCUUUCUGAGUAAGGAUACUCGUGUUUCCGAUGAUGUCAUGUCGUGUGUGAUGUCACUGCAGCAGCUGGUGUCAGAGGACAGAGCAGCACUUCCUGUAUUGGCCGAAUAGAGGGUUCUCAUUGGACGCGUGCCCUGCACUGAACACACAGCUUUUUCUGUAUCAAGUCUGUAACCUACAGUAACUGUGAAUGUCAUUUGGAGAUCAAAUACGGUUAUCAAAAUAAAGUAUUAUUAAAAGGUU